AUGCCGUCCACCAUCCUCGGCAAGCGCACUCGAAGUGCUGCAACAAUAGCAGCAGCAGGUGCGACGACAUCAGCAAAACCGCGGGAAGGCACAUUGGCUAAUGGCGCGGAUGCAGACAGCACAACCGCAGCGACACGAACACAGCGACGGCUAGCCGUCAAUGGACCAAACGAGGAGGAUGCGAAUAUCUUCGCGCCUAAGCGACAGCAUGUCAGCGAUAGCGAAGACGAGAUGGACCUGGACGCGUUGGAGCCGCCCACGAAGAGGACGCGUCGGGCUGCGAGAGUCGUACCUGCGAAGGAUACAGAUCGUGUAAUGCGCUCUCCUGCCACGGUCAGCGCGCACUUCCGGGUUGGCAAGAGUGUGUAUCAAGAUGGCAAGGCCGAUCAAGACAAGGAAAACACACCGCAGACACCGAGACAUCGCGACGCGCUCUCGAAGAAGGUGCCUAUCACACCGCGACACAGGGUGCUUGCAAGCAAAGCGACUCCACAAUCAGCAAGAACACCAGUCACGCCUUCGCGCGCAUCCAUCUACAACCAGGCGCGCCAGCUCUUUGCACGAUGCUCUAAUCCUGGCAAGCUUGUGGGACGCGACAAUGAGCGCCAAGAGCUGUCGAACUUCGUGUCGACCGCGCUCACGUCCAAAUCCACAGGAUGUCUAUAUGUAUCUGGUCCUCCGGGAACGGGCAAGAGCGCGCUUCUGAACGAGAUUAUCGAGGAACAGACCAAAGACAGCGGCGUGCCGGUUUCAGUGAUAAACUGCAUGAGCGUACGAAGCACCAGAGAUCUCAGCCAGAAACUGUCCGAAGAUCUCAGCCUGCGGGAGGAUGGAGGCUUCGAAUACCUCAAAUCGGUUUUCGUGCGCGGAAAGGCAAAGGACAAGAAGAAGUAUUUGGUGGUGCUGGACGAGGUGGACAUCUUGGUGGAUCUGGAUCUCGAGCUGCUCUACAGCCUUUUCGAAUGGUCGAUGCAACCAACAUCACGCCUCAUUCUGAUCGGAAUUGCGAAUGCGCUGGAUUUGACUGACCGCUUCCUUCCUCGACUGAAGGCACGAAACCUCAAGCCGGAGCUUCUGCCAUUCAUGCCUUACACCGCAGUGCAGAUCGCUGAAGUCAUCACCUCGAAACUCAAGAGUCUGGCCUCGUUAGAGUCUACGGUCGUACCGUUCCUGCAUCCAGCUGCAAUCCAAUUCUGCGCGAAAAAGGUCGCGGCUCAGACUGGCGAUCUACGAAAGGCCUUCGAUAUUUGCAAACGUGCAAUCGAUUUGAUCGAUAUUGAAACCCGCGACAAAGCUGCGGCACUCGAGCUCAGCCCAUCGAAAACACCGCUCAUGGACAACAUCAAUCUCUCUUCUCCGGUUGUGUCGCCGUCCAAGAAAGCUACAAUGGGGUACACAGUCGAAACAGCACCAAAGGCCACGAUUGCACACAUGGCGAAAGUCACAGCGCAGGCGUUCUCGAAUGGCGCUACUCAGCGUCUCAGCACGCUGAACCUACAGCAAAAGGCUGUCCUCUGCGCCCUUGCGGCACUGGAGAGAAAGAAGAGGGAGACACAAGUCGAUCGCACCAUGUUCGCGACCCCAUCGAAAUCGAACACUUCUGCACCAAGCAUCAAGCAAUUGUACGAUGCAUACUCGACUCUUUGCAAGCGCGAGAAUCUGUUCCAUGCACUCUCUUCUGUCGAGUUCCGCGACGUCGUUGCUGGGCUGGAGACUUUGUCAUUGGUGAGCGCGGUGGAUGGAGGAAAGAGCGGGAGCUUCGCGGUCCCAAUCACUCCUUCCAGGACUCCCGGCCGACCAAAGAAGAAUGGAUUCUCUGGUCCUGCAUUGACAGAAGAGAGACGAGUUGCGAGUACUGUUGGCCUCAAAGAGCUCAACGCGGCUCUUGAUGGCCCUGCAGCAGAUCUGUUGAAGGAGAUGCUUGUUGGCGAUGCAUUGGCAUGA